UCUACGCUCUGCUGCUUAUGGGAUUUGAGACGCCACCCGAUCCUUCAAUUCUCCUCGCCGAUGAGAUCCGAAGUAUAAGAUUAGUUUUGGGGAAUGAGAUUCCAGUAGUCGAAAUCCUCCAAGCUCUCGCAAUGGCGGGAAACAACACUGAUCGCGCUAUCAACUUUCUUCUCGACGCCCCCAGGCCGGUGUACAAAUCCGAGCUGAUAAAGGAGAAGAAUGCUUCUGGUAGGCCGGAGUUCGAGCUCAAAGCCUUGAAGGAGGAAAGCAUUACUCAUGAGCUGGAGAAUGCUUUCAUUCAACCCUGCAGAGAAUCGGCUACGGUUGAUAUGGAAAAUAGGAUAAGGAAGGCAGAACCUGCUAUAGGUUCUUAUGAAGAUGCCAUCUUGGUGCCUGAUGAUAAAAUAAAUGAAGAGCCAGAUAGGGUUUCCGGGGUAAAGAAAGUGGAAGCCAUGGAUUUUGAUCAAUAUCAAGGCCCUGUGGAAAAGAAGGACACUUCAGAGGAAAGCUGUGACAAUUUCUCUAUGGUAACGACAGCCCACUAUUCUCCCCGUCUCAAUGCUCGACCAAUUAGGGCUUUUCCACCGAAGUCUCUAACAAAGCCUGUCUCAAAUCGGAGUACCCAAGUGCCAUCAAAUCCAGACCCGGCUGAAAUGGCAGAAUUUCCUGAAGAACCCUCAUGGUUUCUUGUUGCGAGGUCUUAUGUAACGGGUUUGGCGACUACCCGUGGAUCGGGAAAGCUGGAACCCAGUGAGAUUGUUUACUUCAACUUUCCAAAGAUUUCUGAUGGCAAGUUAUAUGGGAGACGGUGGGUUAGUUCAAAGGCCGCGGCCGCAACCUCUGAGAUUGUCCGCUUCUCAACAAAGCGGUCCGGCGAGCUAGGAAGACUUCCUCCCGAGUGGUCGCAAUGCCUCAUUCCCCUCGUGCAUUCUUCCAAGGUGAAAGUGCGUGGGCGAUGCGCUAUAGCACCUGAUGAACUUUGCUUGAUGAAAGAGAUUAUGUUAUAUGUCAGCUUUUAUAUUCACAGUUCUGUUUUUACUGAGGGUGAUAAAUCCUCUUGGAAGCUGGAAGCUACAACCCCUAAUUCUGCUCUGCAUCCUCUCCACAAUUUGUUCUUUCUACUGAAGAUGAAGCCAUUCAAGGAGGCUGAUUUCACACCAGAGGAGCUUGAUGGCCGCAAGAGAUCAUUAAACCUAGUAGAUCAAGAAUCUGAGCAAAUAGAGGGCCUGGCAAAGCGAAGGAAAGGGGAUACAACUUUUAUAGAACAAAGUAAUGAUGAGCAAGCAAUCUCCGAAGCAUCUCUCAAUAAGCUUGUUGGAACAGCAGAAAUGUACAACCUGCAGGAAGCUAAACCUCCAAGAACACUUCUUUCUAAUUUGUGGUCAUAUCAAAAGCAAGCCCUCUACUGGAUGUCUGAAUUAGAGAAAGGAAUUGAUGUUGAACAAGCAGCAAAAACACUUCAUCCUUGUUGGUCAGCAUAUAAAAUUUGUGAUAAGAGAGCUCCAGCAGUCUACUUAAAUGUAUUUUCUGGAGAAGUUACAACUCAAUUCCCAAGUGCUACACUGAUGGCUAGAGGAGGGAUUUUAGCUGAUGCAAUGGGACUUGGAAAGACUGUCAUGACGAUUGCGUUAAUCCUUGCAAAUCCAAGUAGGGCUGCACCUGAUGACGAAGAUACAGAUGUGGAAGCAUGGAAUGAAUCUGCGAGGAAUUUGAAUAAAGGUUCACCAAGCCUGAAGGGAGGCACACUUAUUGUUUGCCCAAUGGCAUUGUUGGGUCAGUGGAAGGAUGAAUUAGAGGCACAUUCAAAACCAGGUUCUAUUUCUGUUUUUGUUCACUAUGGUGGGGAAAAGUGCAGUGAUUUGCGAGAAAUUUCAAAGUAUCAUGUUGUCCUAACAACAUAUGGCGUCUUAACAUCAGCUUAUAAAACUGGGUCUGAAAAGAAGAGCAUCUUUCACAAUAUAAGAUGGUAUAGAGUUGUUCUAGAUGAAGCACACACUAUCAAGUGUUCAAAAUCUAAUGUGGCCCAAUCAGCCUUCGCAUUAACCUCACACUGUAGGUGGUGUCUUACUGGCACUCCACUUCAGAAUAGUUUGGCUGAUCUGUACAGUCUACUUUGCUUUUUACAUGUACAACCAUGGUGCAAUUGGUCUUGGUGGCAUAAGUUGAUUCAAAAACCAUAUGAGAAUGGUGAUGAAAGAGGAUUAAGAUUGGUUAAGGCUAUCUUGAGGCCAUUGAUGCUACGAAGAACAAAGGAGACAAAAGACAAGGAAGGAAAGCCUAUUCUGGUGCUUCCACCAGCGCAGGUUCAAGUUGUAGAAUGCGAGCAAUCUAAAGAAGAGCGUGAUUUCUAUGAAGCUCUCUUCUGGAAAUCAAAGAUCAAGUUUGAUCAGUUUGUCGCUGAAGGUAGAGUUCUUCACAACUAUGCAUCCAUCUUAGAGCUACUACUCAGAUUAAGACAGUGCUGCAACCACCCUUACCUUGUCAUGAGUCGUGGAAACAAUCAACAGAACGCUGACCUCAACAGUCUAGCGCAGCGCUUCCUUGAAGUCUCCCAUUAUAACCCAGGAGGAUCAACGCAGUGUCCAGUUCCAGCCCCAAGCUAUGUAGAAGAAGUGGUAGAAGGAAUCAAACGGGGUGAAGUCAGUGAAUGCCCAAUCUGCCUUGAAUCAGCGUCGGAUGAUCCAGUGUUCACGCCAUGUGCUCAUCGGAUGUGCCGUGAAUGUCUCCUGAGAAGCUGGAAAACUCCCACCGCCGGGCCAUGCCCGAUCUGCCGAAGGGUCCUCACAAAGGCUGAGCUCAUAAUGUGCCCAACUGAGAGCCCCUUUGAGGUUGAUAUAAACAAGAAUUGGAAGGAGUCGUCGAAGGUGAAAGAGCUGAUGAAUUGCCUUGUGAAGAUAAGGUGUUCAGGCAUGGGGGAGAAGAGCAUUGUUUUCAGUCAGUGGACUUCAUUCCUUGAUCUCCUGGAGAUCUGCUUCAACAGGGAAGGAAUUCAGUUCUUGAGGUUUGAUGGACAGUUGUCACAGAAGAACAGGGAGAGGGUAUUGAAGGAGUUUGCCCAGAGCAAUGAUAAGAAGGUUUUGUUGAUGUCUCUUAAAGCAGGAGGCGUGGGACUAAACUUGACUGCAGCUUCUAAUGUCUUUCUCAUGGAUCCUUGGUGGAAUCCAGCAGUGGAAGAACAAGCCAUUAUGAGGAUCCAUCGCAUCGGACAGAAGAGGCAGGUGAAAGUGAGGAGAUUUAUCGUCAAGGAUACUGUGGAGGAUAGAAUGCAGCAAGUUCAAGCUAGGAAGCAAAGGAUGAUUGCUGGAGCUCUUACUGAUGAGGAAGUGAGGAGUGCUCGGAUUGAAGAGCUGAAGAUGCUCUUCAGAUGAGAAGUUUCUUUGAUCACUGAUGACCAAGCUUUUGAGUUCAACGGUAUAAAUAGCUGUUGAAAUUUUUGUUUGAA